GUAUCCGCCCAUUAAAGAAAACCGCCUGAAAUAGCUGAUAGGAACCGGCUUUUGUCGCGGAUGCAACAGGGAGUUUGAGCGGCGCAGCUCAUUAGCCCGCUACGGCGAGCAGCGAUAGUUGCCAACCAAGAGCAACCUUUAGGUCCACCUCGGUUGUUACCUCCGAAUUCGAGCGAACCCAGUGCGUGUGUGGUGCACCUCCAGCACGGGUAACUUCUAAGGAGCGUCCUAGUGAGAGGCGGAUGUUUGCACUGUUCGCGGACAAAGUAGCUUCAUCGCUAGGCAGAAAGCUAACCGAGGCUAACGCUCUCCACUGCAGAGGCUGCUAGCGGCUAGCUGUUGUGUGAGCGGACUUGUUCGUGCUUCUGCUGUUACAGACCUACAAAGUUAUCGGCUGUUGCAGCAGAAACACACACUGAGGUGCUCUUUGUUCCUGCGGAACACGGUGGCAGAGAGUGAGCCUGGCGUUUGGUCCAGGCCAAGCAGUCUGGACAAGGCGAGAAGCUUUUGGAACCCGGACUGACGGAUUAAAGGACGGGAGAGCUCAGGCUACGGACAAUCGUCGUCAGUUGACGCUCCGAGGAUUCUCACGUAAACAUUCGAGGACCGUCUUUUGAGCGAAGAGAGGGACAGCGGGGUCCUUGUCUGCAUCAUGGGCUUUGGCACUAUGUUGUUGAUGACAGCUAACAUGGGAUACAAGGCUGAAUCUUGCUGUGACUGCUUUCUCCGUUUGUGAUGUAAUUCCCGAAAACCUGAUCAAGCCUGCCAUCGUUACAGAAGAAUGAGUCGCUGCUGGUUAACAGGAUGUGUGUCCCAUCCCUGAGGCCACAUGUGUAGCUGCAGAGAUGGAUCGCUGUAAACACGUUGGGCGCUUUCGUUUAGGGGAUAACCAUUCCAUCCUGAACCCACAAAAAUGGCGCUGCAUGGACUGCAGCACCACAGAUUCAGUCUGGGCCUGCCUCAAGUGCUCCCACGUGGCCUGUGGACAUUACGUGGAGGAGCACUCGCUAAAACACUUUCAGGAGUCCGAACAUCCGCUGGCUAUGGAGGUUCGUGAACUGGAUGUCUUCUGCUUUGAAUGUGGCGAUUAUGUCCUUAAUGACAAUGCGGAGGGGGAUCUAAAGCUGCUUAGGGGAGCGCUCUCGACUGUUCGGAGCAAUGGAAGACGUUCUCUUCGCUCCUCCACGAUGGAAAGUGGACCACAGCCCGUCAUGCAAGUGGCAAUGCAUCACAGGAGGAAAGCUCUACUAGGAAAAAUGUUUCAGAGGUGGAUAAGAAAACACCAGGAGUUGCAGAAUCAACGCAAAGAGAAACUGGAAGCAGCCAGACAGCAAAAGAAAGAGGUCAAAAGGCGACUCCUGGAAGAGCUGGUCAACGUUCCUCCCAGAAAGAGUGCCAGGCUUCUUACUCAGGCUCCACGUUCGACCAUCACGCUCAUUCCUCGCAAAUUCCGUGACCCUCCAGAACGCCUACCUCCUUCCAAGAAGCCUUCCCUUCUACCCCUUUCCCGAAAAGCUCCUCAGAAUGGCAGAGCAGCUAAACUGGGGCGUUACUACUCCACACACACUGUGUCCCGCCGGAGACUGGCUCCUGGCGUCACUGGUCUCCGAAACCUGGGGAACACAUGUUACAUGAACUCAAUAUUGCAAGUGCUGAGUCACCUGCAGAAAUUCAGGGAGUGUUUUCUCACUUUGGACCUGUGUGAGACUGAGGAGCUGCUGGCCAAAACCAAUCACUCACAAGCAGUGAAAGGGAUGAGCGGGAGUGUGGUCAGUAGUGGGCCGCUGAUUGGCUGCCCUCUUGGAAGCGUGGGGAAGGCAAGCAGUGAGAAUCUACAGGUGGGACAACAGCCAAACCCCCCACCUGCCUCUCAGACUACUGAGUUGGUUCAGCCCAAGGAACCUCGAAGCUCCACUCGCCAACAGAUGUCCCUGUGCCACGAGUUGCAUACACUUUUCAGGGUCAUGUGGUCAGGCCGGUGGUCGCUGGUUUCUCCAUUUGCCAUGUUGCACUCAGUGUGGAACCUUAUUCCUGCUUUCCGUGGCUACGACCAGCAGGAUGCCCAGGAGUUUUUAUGUGAGCUGCUUGACAAAGUACAGCAGGAGCUGGACACAGAGGGGUCCAAACGCAGGAUAGUUAUCCCCAUAACCAAGAGGAAACUGUCCAAGCAAGUCCUGAAGGUUCUGAACACCAUCUUUCAUGGGCAACUUCUCAGCCAGGUGACAUGUCUUUCCUGUAAGCACAAGUCAAACACAGUUGAGCCGUUCUGGGACUUGUCCUUGGAGUUUCCAGAGCGAUACCACAGCUCUGAUAAAAGCUCAGGCUCCGCGGCUUACCAGCGCAGCUGCACCCUCACCGAGAUGCUGUCAAAGUUUACGGAGAUGGAGGCGUUGGAAGGAAGGAUCUAUGCCUGCAACCACUGCAACAAGAGAAGACGGAAAACAUCCCACAAGCCUUUAGUUCUUUCAGAGGCACGAAAGCAGCUUCUGAUCUACCGUUUACCUCAGGUUCUACGGCUGCACCUCAAACGUUUCAGGUGGUCCGGAAGAAACCACAGAGAGAAAAUCGGCGUCCACGUGGCCUUUGACCAGGUUCUGAACAUCAAGCCCUACUGCUGCACUGGCUUAGGUCAAUCAGUCCACAGAGGAGGCUACACCUACGAUCUGUCUGCUGUCGUCAUGCAUCAUGGCAAAGGCUUCGGCUCAGGGCACUACACUGCAUACUGCUACAACACGGAAGGAGGUUUUUGGGUUCACUGCAAUGACUCUGAGAUGAAGGUGUGCAGUGUGGAGGAGGUGUGCAACACUCAGGCCUACAUCCUCUUCUACACCCAGAGAUCCUCCUGAACGCAUCACUGUUCGUCCACCUCUCCUCGACGACCCGGGGCUGCAUUUAUGAAAAUUCUGACUGAAGGAAGGCAAUCAAAGCUAAAUGUAUCGUGGGUGAGUCAGGAUCAAAUUUGAGUGUUGGCGGUAGCUUUUACUGUGCAGGCGGGAGACACACAUUAGCCAACGUGCUGCAAAGCAAUCCUCAACUGAAGAGGCCUUUUAAGUUUGUUCAAGAAAGUCCUGGCUUACACGGAUGAGCCUCUUUUAUUUAUACGAGUGGUUUCAAGAACUUGUCAUCUUCCUUCUUUAACGCUUGUUUCUGUUGGGUGUGUGUCUCUGGUGGAAUAACCCAUGACCUGCAGCUACAUUUAGGGGAGCUCUGCUUUGUAGUCAAUACUGUAGCGUCUUUUUUUGUACAUAAUUUGCAGCUCUUUGUUGCACAACUUCGCACACAAUAUUUUCAGUGGAAAUGUUCCAGUUAUGAGGCCCUUAAGUGCGACGAGCCGAAAACCAAGUAAGGGGCUCCAGCCACCUCUGCAGGGUGGGUUGUUCGAAGGAAAGAAUUUUACUGGUUUCAUGAAUGAAGCUCUGCGUGGAACAGUCAGAGGGAGCAACAUCCAGGCCUGGUUAUUGUGAGAGCAGGCCUCAUUUUGUCCUGCUGAACUGGCGUCCGGUUUUCCUGAGUGGCCUGACUCAUUUUUGCUGAGUCUGGCCGUUACGAGGUGCACGCCUGAGACUGCUUUCUUACACUAACGGCAUCACGGAGUCUGGAGUUGUGGGCGGGAAGUUGCUUGUGUCUCAUUUCAGAAUGAUGACAACAUUUUUCAGUCAUCGGAAUUUGUCACAUUACAGUCCUGACUUUGUGUUGCCUCCUUCAGCUUUUUUUAUUUCCUGUGAAAAGUGAAAGAGUUAAUACUCAGUUGUGCGUCCCUCCUCGGUUCUGCUGUGACCAAACUGUGUCAGAUUUCUAUUUUGAGUUUUAUCCAUACUGUUUUUUAAUAAGAGAAAGUUGUGUGUGACUGAAUGGCAGUGCUGCACUUUUUGGAGGAGGUUGGUGACGUUGUUGGUUCUGUCUUUGUAAUCGAUUAGCUCCUGUGGCGUUUCUGAACGGCAGCUCUCCCUGCGGCGUGACGGUUAGAUAGUGUGGUCAAGUUUUCAACUCUGCACCGAACUGAAGAAUGUUAUUAGAGGGGUACUUUUUUUGUAGUUCGGCACCUAAAAGCAAUAUAUUGUACAUCUUUACACCAUGACAGGAAGAUAAAAUCAGGAAAUCUCCACCUUGUUAUACAAUGUUUUGUUUUCUACUGUGCUGUUUUUAUCAAGGUCUCUAGAGUUUGUUAGCUAAUCAAUACUUUAGCUAAUAAAAACUGUUUGAUACAAAUCAAAGGCUUAAAACAUUUGGGAAUUCUAUGUUAAAGUUGGAACAAUCUAAUGACGAUGAAUGUCUUACUUUUAGAGGUCAGGUGUGGAUGUCACCCACUCUGUCCGAACUCCUUUCUGUCUUGUACUGUAAGAAUACCUGUCAUCAAUGUCAAGUUGAUUUGGGUUUUGCCUGACAUUUGUUAUUAAAAAGAGAAGAGAACCUCUCACCUACUUGUCCC